AUGGCUACCACUAAGAAGACGAUCAAAGGUCUGCGCGCUUCCAUUCGCAACCGCAAGACCGAGAAGACCGCGGCCAAAUCGACAAGACGCUUGGUCGCAAUGACUGCCCCGCCGCCCUCGUCGUCGUCGUCUUCGUCGUCUUCUAGGGCCGAGACCACCAACAACAGCGCUGCAGUUGAUUUUGCCUCCGACUAUGGCAGCGCUACCAACGACGGCAACGUCACCAACCCGAACGACACCACCGAUGUUGAACAGAACGCUGAGAAAGCUUCAUCGAAAGACAUCGACAAAUGGAAGUCCAACUCUGGCAGUGCCAAGCGUUGGCGCCUCGCCCAGCGACGUCUGGCGGAGCAGGCUGCGAAGCAAGAGGCCGAGCGUCAGACACCAGAGGAGGCCGCUCGCGCGGCAUCUGUCAGACUCGCUCGACAGAAUAGAUCCGCCGAGAACCAUCUACGGGAAAUGGUUGAAUUUUGGAAGACACAGCCAGGAGUCGAGGUCAAGAUCGUGAACCUUAAGACAUCUGAGUCAGCGGUGAAGCGCGAAAAGGAGUAA